GCCACUCCAGCUCUGCAGUGCCGGGACUGGGUCUGGUUGGGGAGGCCUUCAGGUUCUGAACUCUGUGCCUGAGGAACCUGACAGAUUGUCCGAAGAGAGACUUGUCUCAGAGACCCUACGUCCUUGGAAGAUGCAGAGCCUCAGGCCUGAGCAGAUUCGGGGGCUGCUGGAGCCGGAGAGGACCAAGAUGCUGCUGCCCCGGGAGAGCAGGACCUGGGAGAAGCGCAUCACCUCCACCAAAGACUGGGUGGCUGUGGAGGUUGAGGCUGCCAGCUGUGACAGUGACGAGAAAGGUCUUUCUUCUCAAGAGCCUGGACUGGCCCAGGAGUGGAACCCGGUGGAGGGAGAUGAAGAAUCUGAGGACUCGCAGGGCUUUUUGGAGUGGUCGAAAGCUCCGCAACAAACGACAAUAGUCUUGGUAGUGUGUGUCCUGUUUUUGUUCCUGGUUUUAACGGGGAUGCCUAUGAUGUUCCACAUUUAGCUAUAGUGGUGGCAAUUGUCCUGAAAUAGAUGUCCUGUUUCUUGUUAAGGAAAUGUCUUGGUUCAAAAUCAGGAAUAGGUAUUGGAUAUUAGCAAAUGCCUUUCAAACAUUCAUCAAGAUGAUUUUUUUUGAUAUUUAAUCUUCUGGUGUGAGGUUUUGCAUUACUGUAUUUCAUUGAACUUAAAACAUUGUUGAUUGUAAAAUGCAUAUUAUUUUAUAUACUACUGAAAAAGGAAAACAUGCCACGUCAUUGUCAGAUGCCACCAACUGGAAGAUGCCUCCUGACUUUAGAGAUUAUGGAAAAAUGAGCAAUUUGGGAUUGAUGAAAUCUGUGGAUUUCUUAAUAUCAAAUCAUCUUUGUAGACUUGGGAUUGUGGUGCAGUCCUGGCCCUUGGGAUUGUGGUGCAAUCCUGGCCCUUGGGAUUGUGGUGCAAUUCUGACCCUGGAUUAUAUGUCUUGAUAUUUUAUGUAUGAUUCUUGCCUCUAUCUUCAUACGUAAGAUUGGUGCUAUCUUUGUCAAGUUUUGGUAACAUGGUAAGUGAGGCUUGCAUCAUAGAAGGACAUGACAUUUACUGUUGUCUAAACUUUAGAAUAGUUUCUGUAGCUUAAGAAUUAACACUUCCUUGACAUUUUUGAAAGAAUUCGCUAAUAAAGGAAUCAGGACCUAGAGCUACAGGGCGAAAGUUUCAGCUAAAUUCUUGGGUGACUUUUUCAGUUUCUUCCCAUGUUAUCAGUUUAUGAAUACUUUUAUACUUCAUUCAUUUUGAUGAUCUGUAGUGGUUUUUAUGCCCUAGGAAAUUCUUUAUUCCAUUGGAAUUUUCAGAUUUUAAUUUAAUUAUGAAUACUAUUCUAUAAUUAACCAAAAAGCUUCUCUUUAUUUUGUUCUAACCACUUUCUUCCUUUCGACUUCUGUUUGUGGUUUACCCAUUAUUAGAUUUGUCAAAGUUUUACCUUGUCUAUGAUUUCUUUUCCAAAGAACUAGAAUUGGGAUUUAUUUAUAUCCAUGUUUUGCUAGUUUGUGAUUUGUUUUCCAUGGAGACGUAUGGGGUUUAUUUUAUUACUAUUUUUAUUCCUUGUCUGUUUUUACGUUGAAUAAUUAACUCAUUUAUGUCUUUUUAUGAAAUUACUUGCUAAAAUAGCAUACUUAAGAAUAAAUGUAUUUCUGAUUAUAUAGCCUUGGCCACAUCUUAAAGUUUGGUAAUAUGUGUCCUUGUCUAAAUGUUCUAUUGUAGUGUUUUUUUCUAAAGAGUGCUUUGAAACUCAGUGAUCAGUUAUUUAAAAAUAGUUUUAUUUUAAUGAUUUACUGCACUGUGAAAAAAGAAUGUGGCCUCAAACAUAUCUGCUUUCAAUACCUUUUUAAAAGUCUUUUAUUGUGUCAAAAACCAAUAAGGUUACAUGAAAAUCUGUUAGUACAAUCAUGUUUGUCAAUAUCUUUUUGCAUUCUUUGCUUUAUGAAUUCAGCCACUGUGUUCCCUGAUGCAUAUAAGUUACAGCACUGUUAACAUCUUUGCCAAUUAAAGAAUACAUGUAAAACACCAAGCACAAUGCCAGGCAUAUCAUAGCCAUGCAAUAAAUGUUAGUUAAAACCUGAUUCUGAAUCCUUUGUGAAAAAUAA